UCGUGAGUGGCUGGAAUCUGGCAGCUCGGCUGUGCCUGUCUAUUCAUUUUUCUGUGCUCUUCUGCAAACUAGGCUGAAUUUAGAGCAGCAAAGCUAAGAGACGGGAUAGUCAAGAAAUAACGGAUCCAGCGACCAUCAGCUAUCAACUUCUCUGGGGAGGGUGGGGGUCGAUCUGUUCCACAACGAUGGUUCUGUGAAGGAAAAGAACUCCAGAAUACCCCUGACAUUCAGAUCCAUUCUGGAAGUGGAGGACUUCAUUCACUAAUUAUAGCAGAAGCCUUUGAAGACGACACUGGACGCUAUACUUGUCUGGCUUCAAAUUCCGUUGGCUCAGAUAGUACGUCAGCUGAAAUAUUCAUUGAAGGUGCCAGCUCUACAGAUUCAGAGACUGAAAGUUUAAGUUUCAAAUCAAAAUCUGGAGCUAUGCCACAGGCCCAAAAGAAAACCACAUCUGUUUCCCUAACAAUAGGAUCUUCAACACCAAAAUCUGGAGUCACUACAGCUGUAAUUCAACCUAUCUCUGUGCCCAGUCAGCAGGUUCAAAGCCCUACUUCAUAUAUGCACCAUGCUGAUAGACCUAAGCCUUCCUACUCUGCACCCAUUUUUACAAAGGAGCUACAAAACUCCACAGCAUCUGAGGGACAAGUUGUGGUAUUGGAAUGCAGGGUCAGAGGACCCCCUCCCAUUCACGUUCAGUGGUUUCGACAGGGUGUUGAAAUUCAAGAUUCUCCAGACUUCAGAAUUCUCCAGAAAAAGCCCCGGUCUGCAACUGAACCUGAAGAGAUAUGCACUCUUGUAAUUGCAGAAACUUUUCCUGAAGAUUCAGGCCUUUUCACAUGCACAGCAGCAAAUGAACAUGGUUCAGUAACAAGCAGUGCACAACUAAUUGUCUGUUCAGAAAGCUUUAGUGAGAAAUCAUUUACAAGAGAAUCCAACAGUGACAAUUUCCAUCAUUUCCCACCACUUCCUCCAGAUGAAAGUAGCUCUUUUGAGGUUCCUCCUAAGAAACAUACAGAGACCCACCAAGCAAAAGACACUGCACUGAAAUCUGAUGUGGCAGCCCUUCAGCUACAGCUCAAUUCAGCUGAGGAAAAAACAAAUGGCAUCCACCCCAUUCAUGGAGUUAAUGGAAUGAUUAAUAGCAAGUCAAAUGGUGAUAAAUCCGUCCCACCUUCGGCCGUCUUGCUUUCACCCACAAAGGAGCCACCACCUGUGCUUGCCAAACCAAAGCUGGACCCGAUAAAAAUACAGCAGCUGCAAAACCAAAUUCGUCUGGAGCAAGAAAGUGACCAGUGGUACCGUCACCAAAAGCAGUCUAAUCAGCAUCAUCACUCUCCCUCUUCUCCUUCCUUUCCUCCUCCCCCCUCCUUCCAGGAGCUUGAGUCCAGCCAGUCUGUCACCUCUCCUGUACCAAUGAGUAUUCUUAACUCUCAUACUUCCCCGACCAUGCAGUCUUCUGGCUCCUUCAACUAUGCUCGCCCUAAGCAGUUCAUUGCUGCUCAGAACAUCAGUCCUGCUUCAGGUUAUGUGACUCCAUCUUCAGGAUCAUCUACGUCCAGCCUGCCUUCCCCUAUGUCUCCAACUGCUUCUCAAAAGCAGUUUGGGAGAGUGCCUGUUCCCCCUUUCUCUCAGCAGUUUGUUCCAGAAGGGGAGUACACAUGGUCUCCUACUUCUCCAUCCCCUCCACCACCUCCUCCACCUGUCUUUAGUCCAACCACGGCAUAUCCAGUGUGUGAUUCCUUUCCACUUCCACCUCCUCCACCCCCUCCACUUCCUUCACUUUCUUCACCUUCCCACAGCAUGUCUCCAACUCCCAGAUUUCCUAAUUCCAGCCAGUCUCCAGCUGCUUUUCUCAGCUCCAUGCUGCCUUCCCAGCCACCACCCAUCUCUGUCAACGCAUUAGGCCUCCCAAAAGGAGUGACGCCUCCGGGAUUUCCCAAGAAAACAGGCAGAACUGCUAGAAUAGCAUCAGAUGAAGAGAUUCAGGGGUCAAAAGAUGCUGUAAUUCAGGAUCUGGAAAGAAAACUUCGCUUCAAGGAAGACCUUUUGAACAACGGGCAACCGAGAUUAACAUAUGAGGAGAAAAUGGCUCGUCGAUUGCUGGGAGCAGACAGUGCUGCAACAGUCUUCAAUAUACAGGAGCCAGAAGAAGAUCCUGCUGUACAGGAGUAUAAAGUCUCCAGCUUUGAGCAAAGAUUGAUCAGUGAAAUUGAAUAUAGGCUGGAGAGAUCUCCUGUAGAAGAAUCGGACGAUGAGGUGCAACAUGGAGAUGAACCUAUUGAUAACAGUAUGUCGCCGUGUUUUGAGAUAAAGCUCAAGCAUUACAAAAUCUUUGAGGGAAUGCCAGUCACAUUUACAUGCAAAGUGGCAGGAAAUCCAAAGCCAAAGAUUUACUGGUUUAAAGAUGGGAAGCAAAUUUCUAAACGAAGUGAUCACUACCGAAUGCAAAGAGAACCUGAUGGAACUUGCUUGUUGCAUACUCCAGCCUCCACCCUGGAUGAUGAUGGGAACUACACUAUUAUGGCUGCUAACCCACAGGGCAGAAUAAGUUGCACGGGCAGGCUGAUGGUUCAAGCUGUAAAUCAAAGAGGCCGCAGUCCUUGGUCACCCUCUGGUCAGCCUCAUAUAAGAAGACCACGAUCUCGAUCAAGGGACAGUGGUGAUGAAAAUGAACCAAUUCAGGAACGAUUCUUCCGGCCUCAUUUUCUGCAGGCUCCUGGAGACCUGACUGUUCAAGAAGGAAAGCUGUGCAGAAUGGACUGCAAGGUUAGUGGAUUACCGACUCCAGAUUUAAGCUGGCAACUGAAUGGAAGACCAAUUCGCCCUGAUAGUUCCCACAAAAUGCUGGUGCGUGAGAACGGCGUGCACUCCUUGAUCAUAGAGCCCGUCACAGCCAGAGAUGCCGGAAUCUACACGUGCAUUGCUACCAAUCGAGCUGGUGAAAACACAUUCAGCCUGGAGCUCAUUGUUGCAGCUAAGGAAGUACACAAAGCACCUGUGUUUAUAGAGAAGCUACAAAACACAGGUGUGACUGAGGGAUUCCCAGUGCGACUGGAGUGUCGAAUCUCGGGGGAGCCAUCACCUCAGAUAUUCUGGAAGAAGGAGAACGAGUCGCUCACAUACAACACUGACCGAGUGAGCAUGCACCAAGACAACUAUGGCUACAUUUGCCUGUUGAUUCAAGGAGCUACAAAGGAGGAUGCUGGCUGGUAUACUGUGUCAGCCAAGAAUGAGGCUGGGAUUGUGUCUUGCACUGCCAGACUGGAUGUUUAUACUCAGUGGCAACAACCACCUCAAACAACCAAGCCAAAGAAGGUGCGGCCCUCAGCCAGUCGGUAUGCUGCACUUUGUGACCAAGGACUAGACAUCAAAGCAGCUUUCCAGCCUGAAGCAAAUCCAGUCCAUCUGACAAUGCCAUCUGGCUUGGUAGAGAGCGAUGAUCUGUAGAUCCAGCUGCCACUUCCAUCAUUUUCUUUCAAAGCAGAAACACUGAAAGCCAUUGCCUUGACCAAUGAUACUUCUAUGUCACUUUAUGCAAAGGCAGACACCUUCAAGUACGAAAGAAAAACAACACAAUAACCAUGUAUUCCUUAUUCAUUAUACCAAAUUAGAAGAAUAGAUAGAUUAUUAAUAGAAAUUUACACAUUGCACAACAACUCACAUUCACCAGUUCCUUACACCUAAGUUGCUUCAGCCCUUGUGAAUAACCCUUUUCAUAAAGGCCAAACUACACAGACAGAUCUUUCAGAAGAGAACUCUAUUUAUCACUACGUGCCUUCAACAGCAGUAAGUAGAAGAUACAAAAACCAUGGCACAAGAUGUUUUAUUUGAGGCCAUUAGAAUGUAUGGUUAUCUAGAGUUCUAAAAUGGCAAUGCAUUCUGAGAGCUACAACCAACAAGUGCAAUAUUGUAAGAAUAGAACAGGAAGGGACAAGAAAGAGACGGGAGAAAAUGCUGUAUCUCUGCCAACUGCCUUCCCUUCUACAACAACAUCAUCAUCUUGCCUUAAAUGCUGUUAAGUGUGGACAAUUCUACAAAGCAACAUCAACACCGUAACUUUGAAUUUUUUUGUAUUUUUCCUUUUUGCCGUCUAGGAGGAGGCUUUACUUACCAGCAUACAGCAAAGACAGUCCAAGAGUAACUAAUUUAACCUCUUCAAGAUAAAGAAGAAAAAGAGCUGACAUGCAGUAACAAGUCUACUUCAGACUCUAAAUACUAGUAACUAGACAGGGAAGAAAUGCCGAGAGUACGAACCACUGCAAUAUGUCACUGCGGGGAGUGGGAGCAGGACAGGGCAAGAGGGUGCAGCUCUCUAAUGAUUUUCUGAGGACAGUCUGUAACAUUGUGGAACCCCCUUCAAGAAUCUGAAAUUCUAGGGUGAGCGGAAAACGAGCAAGUGCAUGUAUGGGAUGUUCGACUGUUUAAAGUUUGUGUAACAUGUACGAGGAUUUUGGAAACGUACAGUAAGUGAAAAGUGGGCUGAGACUGCAAUAAUGCAUUUCAAUGACACAUUCACACACAAGUGCCAAGCUUACAGAUCUGAGGAAGCAGAAAAUGAAGAUGGACAAAAAUAACAUCAAAUCUGCGUCUUUCUGUUUCGCAACACAUCUCUGGUACAUUUCUUUUUUUUUUCCUUCUGACUGUAGACAAGUGACAGCUCUUUUAUUGGGCAGAGUCUGUGUGCUGUAGCUGAAAAGUCUGAAGGCUACUUUGAGUGCAAGGCUCCAUCACGCUGGAGCCCGACUGAAGUCAGGCCUGACUAGUUAGUUUUAAAUUAGAAUCAAAUGGAUUUCAGACGAACAGGAUGGAGGGAAGAAUUACUAGGUCUGACAAGGUAAAAAAGCCUAUUUGAUGGUACGAGCUAUGAAAGGAAAACACUGUAUUCCUUGUAUGAAGCAUGGUAUCUUCCAUUAUUUAUAAUAAAAGUGCUGAGAUUCUUCAUCUCAGUCCAGUUACUCAGACAUCCUGUACUUAGGGUUGUUCUUUUUACUUUUUUAAUUGUGUACACCAUAUACUGCAUUAGUGCUAUACGUGUAUUGCUUUGUAAGUACACAGAGUUUGUUUUGUGUUUUAGUGACUAAUAAACUUUAGCACCUAAGGUAGUACUGUUCCGGUGCAGGAUGUGACCAGUUACGGGGAUCGUUAAUCUAGAUUAACGCCGUAGGCUGUCAUCUGGGAAUAAUUUGAUUCUAUUCUAGGAAGAGUAUGUCAUAUCAUUUGCCAAAUUUUUCUUGACUGUGACAUGCUAAUUUUAGGUUUUUUUUGUUUAGCUUCACUAGCAUUAUUUUGCCACCCUUUAUUCGUAUUUAUAAAAAAUUGUAUUAUCGUUACUUUGGAUUGUUGUGCUGAUAUAAUGUGGGUUUAACAACAAUAAAUAUUACACAACUAGAAA